AUGCCGAGACUGUUCCAACAUCUUCGUUCCAAGUCCACGGCAUCACCAACAGGCAAUCAGGACAUUAUGUGGAAGGAUGAACAGCAAUUGAAGGAACAACCGACAUCCUCAUCAUCAACAACCAAUGUAACACCCUCCUCUUCCUCCUCCGAGAAUCAUUCGGCUGCUACUACUAACACUUCAUCAACAACAACGGCAAGCAACCGCAAUACAAAUUCGGACUCUAAUCACCAACUUGUACCAUCAUGUACUUUGACAUCUUUGGGUAAUGAUAAUAUCAACAACACUUCCAACACUACUACUAAUAAUCAUCAUAUAAACAACAACAACAAUAACAACACUAACAAUCCCAAUACGAACAGCAACAAUAAUUUAGAGGAAUUUUCAAAGAGUAGCAAACGGGUCUCGUUCUUUACAUCGUUGCAUUCAAUCAAUGAAAGUGGUUUAUUGGAGAGCUUGAAUGACGAAGAUGAGUUUUUGGUUGUGGGCGGUGCAUCCUCGGGGCACAAGCCAAAACCAGCGGCAACAGCCUUAUCAGGAGUGGUGAAUAGAGCCACCACAGAGAGCAUUGUACCUUCUUCACCAUCGGCGAGCCAACAACAACCACAAACUGAUAAUAAUCAUCAGUCCAAUCAACCUCCUCCUUCUCCUCAUGAUAAUGUCAACAAAAAACCUCCAUUCCUUUCCAACAUUGAAGUACCAACCACAGAAAAACCUUCAGCAAAAUUGUUAGAUACCUCGCCCAACAACAGCAGCACGAAAUCGAAUAUCACUAACAGCAAUGCAUACCGACCGUCUCAUGUAAGAGGAUGGAAUUCUACUGUAUCACCACUAUCUCCUUCAGAUUUUGCAAUUAAAACCAUGCCAGCUCGAAACCGAGGAAAUAGCUCAUCCUUUAACAAUUUAAUCAGUAUGCAAUAUAGCCCUUUACUUUCAAGCAACAAGAUACAAACCAACAACACGUCACCCAUGGCAUAUUCAGUAAACACAUCUAGCGCUAUCACCAUAUCCAACAACGGUAAAGGAACACAUGAAGGGGGUAGCUCGGGAAGUAGUGGCAGCGGAGGUGGAGGCACACCAUUGCAAUUUGCAACUGGCAGUGUUGGAAGCGGAGGAGGAAACCCACUUCUCAAUUCAUUUAGCAGCUCUUCUUACGCAUUACCAACGAAUUUCGGUUUAGGAGGACGACUCACGAGAGGAAUGAGUGUGACAAAUUUCCAACAGCCAGCACUUAAGCGAGCUCAAAGCGUGUUACAUCAUAACAAACCUCCGGUUGCAAACUCAUUUGGUAGACACAACGUCGAUCCAAAAUGGGAUAUGCGAAAAGACGAUUGUUUCGGAGAGGACCUUACUGACCUAUUGGAAGACGAAUCAAGUCCAGCUAUCAAGAAAUCAACUCCACUCGUAAAGCAAGCUUCAGUGUUUGCAGCUGCAAGCGCUUCUUUUGCUAUUAACAACAAUGGUGACAGAGCAUCACCAAGACUUUUGUUCUCAAACUCGAGAGAUCGUGCCAUGAGCGUUGAUCAAACAACAGCAAUGUUUGAUAGAGUUGGAAAUGUUUUAAAAGAGCGUGCUAAAGUUGUUCAACUAAAGAUGAAUAGAGAUUUGAAAACAUUUUUAUGGGAAAUGAAGGACAUGGAAAUUAUGAGUUACGAUCUUGAACAACUCGAGAAAAUUGCAAAGGAUAUUUUGGAUUGCAAAACUAUUGACGACUUGUGUAACAGAGAUUUUAUGAAAGAGUUGCAAACACUGUUACAAAAUUGUGUCUCAAACUAUGCUACCUUAACUCAUCAAAGCUGCUCACCCUCGAUGCAUGUUUUAUCAGCUACACCCACAAUGUCUAGCCUAAUUUUAGGGAGCGUACUGAAUAACGUUGAUCCUAAGGCUGUGACGGAGAAUUUUGAAGUUUUAAAGCAGGCUAAAAAAUUAAUAUUUAUUUACAGUAGAAUUAACAGAGUUUUGGAAUUGUAUAAGAAGCAUUUAAUUGAAGAGGCUAAUAGAGAGCAAAUCAAACGCCAACGUAUCAAAUCAGUAAUUGAAAAUGUUGAACCAAAAGAGGAUAGUUAUGAUAGCUCUGGCUCUCAAGACAGUAUUAACAGAAGACCAAAUUCUGCAUUGUUAAAACCCAUUGACGAGGAGGACACGUCAUCAACAAGUGUCUCACCCAGAAGGUCCAGUGUAAGCUCUAACUCAAAACUAGAAGUUGUUGGAGAGUCAUCUGAUAUUGAUUCUCCUAUUAGCUCUCCUAGAUCAUCGCUUUCAAAUAAUGGAACACCGACUACUGGAAGUAAGGAACCUAUAACCCCAUCCUCUGAGAAGAAAAAAGCUUCUGAGGGCUUUUUUUCAAAGUUCUUUGCCAAGUUUGCAAAGAGAGAUGAUAGCCCAACACUGUCUCCAGCCAUAACCCCUGACAAAAAAUCCAAGUCUGCCAGCAAUACGCCAACAACAGAGCCAAAAAAGAAGGACAAACAAGACAAAGAUUCUAACGUGAUCGAGAUCCUAUGCAGAAUUUGUGAAGAACUAGUUCCAAGCACACAAUUAGCUGAACAUAGCGCCACUUGUGCUGUGAAGCACAAAGUAGAAAUGCAAAGCAUUACAGUUUUUGAGAAACUCAAAAAUGUAAGAAAAGCUCUUGAAAAAACUGUGAAAAAGAAAAAAUCUACUUCUCUCUACAAGCUUCUUAAAAUAGCAAAAAAGGCAGAGAAUAGUAAGGACAGAACACAACUACAAGAAAUCAUUGGAAACCUGAAUCAAAUACUUGAAGAGCAUAAGGACGAGAAUUUCGUUGGAAAUAAUUACCGAGUAACCGUUUAUGCUAAAAGACUGUUGGAUGUAAUUGAAUCAAAAUGCACAGCCUUACUUCACGAAGAAAAACAAUCCUCAGCAACCAAGAAGAAAAUCAAAAUUUCUGAUUUUGAAAUUAUCAAACCAAUUUCUAGAGGUGCUUAUGGAAGAGUUUAUCUAGCUCAAAAGAAAACAACCAAUGAUAUCUAUGCAAUCAAGGUCAUUAAGAAGCAAUACCUGUACAAUCACAAGAACGUUGGUAAAACCUUGACCAACGAACCAGAUCUUCUUGCAGAAAGAACAAUUAUGAAAGUGCUUAUGGAGAACAAUGAACAAUCUCCAUUCAUUGUUAACUUUUACUAUUCCUUUGCUGGUAAAAGGUACCUGUAUAUUGUAAUGGAGUAUUGUCCUGGAGGUAGUCUUGACUGUUUACUUGCUGACAAGCUUGAGAACGGAGAAGCUUUUGAUGUAGACACUGUUCGACAUAUUGCUGCGGAAACCAUUUUAGCAUUGUCUGACCUACACCACAGCAAAAUUGUACACAGAGAUUUGAAACCUGAUAACAUGUUGAUCGACAGAAAUGGACAUUUAAAACUCACAGAUUUUGGUUUGAGCGAGAUUGGUUUAUUGGACAGAGAGGAUGAACAAACCUCAGCAAGUAAACAAUCAUUAGAUAGUCUGAGACAAGAUGAAGAUGAGAGUGAAAUUCAAGUCAGAGGUACUCCUGACUAUCUCGCUCCAGAACUACUAUUAGGUAUGCCACACACUGAAGCAGUAGAUUUUUGGAGUUUAGGAUGCAUUUUGUUUGAGCUUCUCUUUGGAUGUCCACCAUUUAAUGAUGAAACACCAGAAUAUAUUUUCGACAACAUUCUUUCGAGAAAUAUUAAUUGGGUGGAUGAAAGAUUGUUGCCUCCAGAAAUUGUUUCUAGUGGAGUUAUAGAUUUUAUAGACAAACUUCUCGAUCCAAAUCCAGAAACUAGAUUGAACCACAAAACAGCCAGAGAGCAUCCAUUCAUGCAAGGUGUUAAUUGGAAUAAGGUUUUAAAGGAACCACUUGGAGUGCUUCCUAAUGUGACCAACCUUCUUGACACCUCAAAGUUUAAACCAAGAGAAGAAAACUAUCCAAUGCACUACCAGGCCGACUCUAUGGAUGCAAAAUCUCUGAGCGAUAUUGACGAUUCUAGCGAGAGUUUGACUGAGCAUACGGAAAUGAAUAUUGCAGGAUCGGUCACCACGGACAUGCAAACGCCUCCACAAGGUGUGAGGCAAGCGGCUGCAUCGCACAGAAGUUCAAGCUUUCACUCUGGUACCUAUGGUAGCUAUAUUUCACCAGGUGCUGCUGGUUCCAUUACUCCUUCAUCGCUCGGCAUGGCAAGUCCCAGCUUGGUGGGAUCAGUCAUCGACUCGUUCUCAUUUCCUGAGCACAUUAACACAGGUGCCUUAAGUAGGCUGAAUGAGGAGAUGUUACGCCGACAACAACAAGGACAACAUCAUGUUGACCCGAACACAGUUCCAAGAAAUGAUGUAACAGCGGCCAGUAGCUCAAGUAGCAGUGGUCAUUCCAAUAUCAGUGCUUACUGA